UUUGAAAGAUUGGAUCUUUCCUAUUAAUCUUUACUUUUCUUAUUUAAAUUACAAUUAACUUUCACUAUUAAUUGUAAAGUUAUCGAUGAUUAUUCUUUAAUUGCUUUGGAAGAUUUGAAAGAUUUUUUACAUUUUUUAUCAACAUUCCCUUCAAAUUAAUCAACUUAUUGAUCUUGAAUCAUGAUUCGAGUUUGAAAAUUUGAUCAUAAAAUUGCUUUUGUCAAGUGCUUUAAUUUUUCCAGUGAUUGAUGAGAGACAAGAUAGUGUCGUAGUGAUUUUUUGCAACAAGUAUUUGGAGUUAAAAAGAUAAAAAUGCUGAGCGUUUUUGCCCCGCGUAUUUUACAAAUGAGCCAAAAAAUGGGUUCUCGAUUGAUUGUGCGGAACUCUGCUCAUUUCAAUUACUACCCUGACACAGUUGCUGCCUCUGAGGGAGAAACCAAUCGAAUGAAUUUAUUUCAAGCAAUCAACAACUCCUUAGAUUUAGCCUUAACUAAUAAUUCUAGUGCUCUGAUAUUUGGUGAAGAUGUGGCCUUUGGUGGAGUUUUUCGCUGUACAAUCGGACUACAAGAUAAACAUGGAAAAGAACGAGUAUUUAAUACUCCUUUAUGUGAACAAGGUAUUGUUGGAUUCGGGAUUGGAUUAGCUGCAGCUGGAGCAACUGCUAUUGCAGAGAUACAAUUUGCAGAUUACAUUUUUCCAGCAUUCGAUCAAAUUCUCAAUGAAGCAAGCAAGUUUCGUUAUCGUGCUGGUAAUCAAUUUGACUGUGGUGCUUUAACUAUUCGUGCACCUUGUGGAGCUGUAGGCCAUGGAGCUUUAUAUCAUUCUCAAAGUGUUGAAUCAUUUUUCGCUCAUAUUCCCGGAAUAAAAAUUGUGAUCCCAAGAGGGCCAAUACAAGCCAAAGGACUAUUAAUGAGUUGUAUUGAAGAUAAGAAUCCUUGUAUAUUUUUUGAGCCGAAAAUCCUUUACCGAGCUGCAGUUGAACAAGUACCAAUCAAAGAGUACAAAAUACCCUUAUCAAAAGCUGAAGUUGUCGUGGAAGGCGAUGAUGUUACACUGAUUGGAUGGGGAACUCAAGUUCAUGUCUUACAUGAAGUUUGUCAAAUGGCUCAAGACAGUUUAAACAUUUCGUGUGAAUUAAUUGAUUUACAGACAAUCGUUCCUUGGGACCGUGAGACUGUCCGAAACUCUGUAAAGAAAACAGGAAGAGUAUUGAUUGCCCAUGAAGCACCAUUGACUGGAGGUUUCGGCGCUGAGAUUGCGGCCACUAUUCAACAAGAAUGUUUUCUUCACUUGGAAGCUCCAAUAAGUCGAGUAACUGGCUUUGAUACUCCAUUUCCUCACAUUUAUGAACCUUUCUAUAUCCCAGACAAAUGGAGAUGCCUUCACGCGCUCAAAAAAUUGAUCAACUUUUAAGACAUCGAUUUACUCGUACCAUGGUUCCUUUAACUGGUCUAUUUUGGCUUCCAUUUAUGUGCCAAAAACUAAUUAGUAGUCCUUGCAAUAGUGGCAAUCCUAUGACCAAUCAUGUUUUAUAAUGCAUAUUCAAACUAUUGUUUAAAUUUUUGUUAAAACUGAUGGAAUCAAAUUUUCUACAAUCGAGUUUCAUCGCACAUGAGUUCGGGAGACUUUUGUAAACUAGAAAAUAAUUAAUUGGGGAUUUUGUUGAAUUUUCAUUGUUUAUAAUUGAUUUCUAUUUUCUCAAGAUAUUUUUUGUUGAAAACUAAACAGCAAUGCCAACAUAACAAAAUAAAUUUAUUUACGAUACCAAA